CGCAGCGAUUCUGCCUCUUUUGGCUUCGAGAUGUUGAAAACGACAAGCAAAGUUUUGUCUUUGUUCCCUGCUUUUCAUAAAACCAAAAUCUAAAGCCUGUAACUCUCUCUUGUCCCAAGGGAGAGUGUGUAAAAGGGAGGGAAAAGAAGCUGUGUGGGUGAGGGGUGGCAGAGCAGAUCCGGGGGACAGCGGAGGAGAGGCGCAAGCCAGUCUCUCGUAGGAGGGCGUGGAUACCGGUGCAAGCUCGAACAGGUUCAGCCUUCUGGAGACCUGUGCCAACAGCAAGAGGGGACAGACGGAAUCUCUGUGGGCAGACCGGGGUGUGGAUCAGCGGAGAGCGUCCAACUAGAAACUCCCCUGGAUCCACCCAGAGGCUCUGGACCUUGUUAGUCCCCUUUGCCUCUGUGAGCCAGCUUAAGGAGAAGUUUUCCCAAGGGAAGGUGCCCGAUAGACCGGACGUCAGAGGAGGCUCAGGUUAUGAGAAUGAUCCUGUCGUGAAACUCCAGGCAGAUCGUAGUGGAACAAAAUUUACUGAUUUUGCACGUUUUUCUUGGUCGGGACUGGGAAGUACUAGAUCAUUAAGUUUUUCAGUCUUUGCGUGUUGCCUCCUUUCUGAAGAGUGAUGGAGAUGCUAUUACAUGGAAGAGGACUGAUCCUGAGUCUAAUUUUCCUCCUGUUAAAGUUGUCAAGAGCUGAUAUACCACUCUCAGUUCAACAGGUACCAACAAUCAUCAAGCAGUCGCAUGUGCAAGUUGUUGCCUUUCCUUUUGAUGAGUAUUUUCAAAUUGAAUGUGAAGCUAAAGGAAACCCAGAACCAAAAUUUUCAUGGACUAAGGAUGACAAGCAUUUUGAUCUUUCUGACCCUCGGAUAAUUGUAUCUAACAAUUCAGGCACAUUCAAGAUCCCAAAUGAGGGACACAUCUCUCACUUUCAAGGGAAAUACCGCUGUUUUGCAUCUAAUAGACUAGGAACUGCAGUAUCAGAAGAAAUAGAAUUCAUAGUUCCAGGUGUUCCAAAAUUCCCCAAAGAAAAAAUUGAACCCAUGGAUGUGGAAGAAGGGGAUUCCAUUGUCCUACCCUGUAACCCUCCCAAAGGCCUCCCACCUUUACACAUCUAUUGGAUGAAUAUUGAAUUAGAACACAUUGAACAAGAUGAAAGAGUAUACAUGAGCCAAAAGGGAGAUCUGUAUUUUGCAAACGUGGAAGAAAAAGACAGUCGAAAUGAUUACUGUUGCUUUGCUGCAUUUCCAAAAUUAAGGACGAUUGUGCAAAAAAUGCCAAUGAAACUAACUGUGAACAGUUUAAAGCAUGCUAAUGAUUCAAGUUCAUCCACAGAAAUUAGUUCCAAGGCAAAUUCAAUCAAACAAAGGAAACCCAAACUUCUGUUGCCUCCUGCUCAGAGUGGCAGUUCAUCCACAAUGAUUGUCCUCAAAGGGGAAACCCUGCUGCUUGAGUGUUUUGCAGAAGGCCUACCAACUCCACAGGUCGAGUGGAGCAAACUGGGUAGCGAAUUACCAAAGGGAAGAGAAACGAAAGAAAAUUAUGGGAAGACUUUGAAGAUCGAAAACAUCUCCUACCACGACAAAGGAAAUUAUCGCUGUAUAGCUAACAACUUCUUGGGGAAAGCCAGUCAUGAUUUUCAUAUCAUAGUACAAGAGCCUCCACGCUGGAAAAAGAAACCUCAGAGUGCAGUGUACAGCACAGGGAGCAGUGGCAUCUUGUUGUGUGAAGCGGAAGGAGAACCUCAACCCACGAUCAAAUGGAGAGUCAAUGGCUUCCCAAUUGAAAACCAUCCAUUUCCUGGUGAUGUUAUGUUCCCCAGGGAAAUCAGUUUUACAAAUCUACAACCAAAUCAUACUGCUGUUUAUCAGUGUGAAGCCUCAAAUAUUCAUGGAACCAUUCUUGCCAGUGCCAAUAUUGAUGUUGUAGAUGUUGUCCCACUGAUUCAAACUAAGAAUGAAGAAAAUUAUGCUACGGUGAUUGGGUAUAGUGCUUUUUUAUAUUGCAAGUACUUUGCUUCACCCAAGGCCACAGUGAUCUGGGAAGUGGCCGAUGAAACACAUCCCCUUGAAGGCAGUAGGUACCACACCCAUGAAAAUGGCACUCUGGAGAUCUACAGAACCACUGAGGAAGACGCGGGAUCCUACUCUUGUUGGGUAGAAAACGCAAUGGGAAAAGCCGUCAUCACAGCCAAUUUGGAUAUUAGAAAUGCCACAAAGCUCAAAGUUAAUCCGAAGAACCCUCGCAUCCCCAAGUCACACGCACUUGAACUACACUGCGAAAGCCAAUGCGACUCCCAUUUGAAACACAGCUUGAAGCUGUCCUGGAGUAAAGAUGGGAAGCCUUUUGAUAUUAAUGGCACAGAAGAUGGCAGAAUAUUGAUUGACGGAGCUAAUCUGACCAUAGUCAACAUUUCGGUAGAAGAUCAGGGUAUUUAUUCCUGUUCUGCUCAAACUGCUCUUGAUAGCAUUUCUGAGAAAACUCGUGUAACUGUCCUUGGUGUUCCAGAUCCACCAGGAAACCUUCUCUUGUCAGAAAGACAGAACAGGAGUGUCCGGCUGUCCUGGGAAGCUGGAGAUGACCACAACAGCAACAUCAGUGAGUACAUUAUAGAAUUUGAAGGGAACAGAGAGGAACCUGGGAAGUGGCAAGAGCUAACUAGAGUUCAAGGAGAAGAAACAGAGGCUGUGUUAUCUUUGGCUCCAUAUGUAAGAUAUCAGUUCAGGGUCACAGCUGUGAAUGAAGUGGGGAGAAGUCACCCCAGCCAGCCAUCGGACCAUCAUGAAACUCCACCAGCAGCUCCAGAUAAGAAUCCACAGAAUAUCAGGGUUCAAGCAUCCCAACCCAAGGAGAUGAUUAUAAAAUGGGAGCCUUUGAAAUCCAUGGAGCAGAAUGGGCCAGGACUAGAGUAUAGAGUAAGCUGGAAGCCCCAGGGAGCACCAGAGGAAUGGGAAGAAGAAACAGUUACAAAUCACACACUCCGUGUGAUGACACCUACUGUCUAUGCUCCUUAUGAUGUCCAAGUUCAAGCCAUCAAUCAACUCGGCUCUGGACCUGAGCCUCAGCCAGUGACACUCUAUUCAGGGGAAGACUACCCCAGUACAGCUCCUGUGAUCCAUGGUGUUGAUGUUAUGAAUAGCACAUUGGUUAAAGUGACCUGGUCAUCAAUUCCAAAGGAAACAGUACAUGGGCUUCUGAGAGGAUACCAGAUAAAUUGGUGGAAAAGCAAAAGUCUGUUGGACGGAAGGACACAUCCCAAAGACGUGAACAUCCUAAGAUUCUCAGGACAGCGAAACUCGGGAAUGGUUCCUUCCCUAGAUGCCUUUAGUGAAUAUCACUUAACAGUCUUAGCUUACAAUUCCAAAGGAGUCGGUCCAGAGAGCGAGCCCUAUAUAUUUCAGACCCCAGAAGGAGUACCUGAACAGCCAAGUUUUCUCAAGGUCAUCCAAGUUGACAGAGACACUGCCACUUUAUCCUGGGGACUUCCUAAGAAACUAAAUGGAAAUUUAACUGGUUACCUUUUACAAUACCAGAUAAUAAAUGAUACCUACGAAAUUGGAGAAUUAAAUGAAAUCAAUGUUACUACUCCAUCUAAAUCUAGCUGGCGUCUCUCAAACCUCAAUGCAACAACCAAAUACAAGUUCUACUUGAAGGCAUGCACCUCAAAAGGCUGUGGGAAGCCAAUAAGUGAGGAAAGUGCCACUCUGGGAGAAGGGAGUAAAGGUAUCAGGAAGAUAUCAGAAGGAGUAAAUCUUACCCAAAAGAGUCACCCUGUAGAGGUACUUGUGCCGGGAGCGGAACAUAUUGUUCACCUCAUGACUAAGAACUGGGGUGAUAACGAUAGCAUUUUUCAAGAUGUAAUUGAGACAAGAGGGAGAGAAUAUGCUGGCUUAUAUGAUGACAUCUCCACUCAAGGCUGGUUUAUUGGACUGAUGUGUGCAAUUGCUCUUCUCACACUGAUACUAUUAACUAUUUGCUUUGUGAAGAGGAACAAAGGUGGAAAGUACUCAGUAAAAGAGAAGGAAGAUUUACACCCAGAUCCAGAAGUUCAGUCAGCAAAAGAUGAGACUUUUGGUGAAUACAGUGACAGUGAUGAAAAGCCUCUCAAAGGAAGCCUUCAGUCCUUGAAUAGGAACAUGCAGCCCACAGAGAGUGCUGACAGCUUAGUGGAAUAUGGAGAGGGAGACCACUCCAUAUUCAAUGAAGAUGGAUCUUUUAUUGGCGCCUACACCGGAGCUAAGGAGAAAGGGUCUGUUGAAAGCAAUGGAAGUUCGACGGCCACAUUCCCACUCCGGGCAUAGGCACAGCACAUGCACCACGGCUGGCUAGCACAGUCCUCCCCAGUCUCUUCUGGGGAGCAAAGUCUUUUACAGAGGAGUGGAAACACGUGUCCAGAGGCUGACAUUCUGCAGUUUUGCUGAGAAAAAUAGCACUGCCUUCAAAAAGAAAAAAAAAUUGGAUGCCAAACACUUCAGGCCUGUGUUUCAUUUUUGGUUUUAUUUUUGGGUGCUCAAAAUGCAGAACACAAAACAAAUCCUGUACUUAGAUCCACUUUGACUGAAUCCAAAGUUCCUGUUCCACAUAUUCCACGUCUGCCUGGUUCUCCUGUUCAGUGUGUGUGCAUUAAUGUUGCUAACUGUGUGGGUUCCUCUGGAUGCACAGUUAUAUUUAGUUUUUAAGAACUGUUUUAGUGACUUUGAUUCACUACAGGUUAAAAGAUUGUAAGCAAGUAAGCUGGUUAUUUAAAAUGUAAAAAGGAAUAUGAAUGUCUUAUUAAACACUUCAUGGAAUCUA